GUCAACAUAAUUUUGCCAAAAUACCGAAACUUUAACAACAAAACCCAAUAUUGUUAUGUUAAUACAACCAAAUUAUACUUUGUGUAGUUAGUAAUAUAUUAAAAAUAGUCUAAACCAAAAUGGCAUAUCAGACAUUCCGUCAAGAGUAUUUAAAUAUGCCCAUAGUGACUAGGGCGUACACUACAGCAUGUGUUAUAACAACAAUAGCAGUACAACUCGAUGUAGUGUCACCUUUUCAACUCUACUUCAAUCCCAUACUAAUAGUAAAGAAUUAUCAAUUAUGGAGACUUGCAACGACGUUCCUCUUUUUUGGCACAGUCGGCUUUAAUUUCUUUUUCAAUAUGAUAUUCACGUAUCGGUAUUGUCGGAUGCUGGAGGAGGGAUCCUUUCGUGGCAGGAGCGCUGAUUUUGUUAUGAUGUUUAUAUUCGGAGGGAUCGCUAUGAUUAUUUCAGCAUUUUUCGUAAACCUACUAUUCCUGGGUCAAGCCUUCACAAUAAUGUUAGUCUACGUAUGGUCAAGAAGGAAUCCCUACAUAAGAAUGAACUUCUUCGGUUUACUAAACUUCCAGGCUCCGUAUUUGCCCUGGGUCCUCCUAGGCUUUUCGGUGCUCCUCGGAAACGCCAUUUGGGUUGAUUUAAUGGGUAUGGCAGUCGGACAUUUGUACUACUUCAUAGAAGACGUUUUUCCGAAUCAGCCUGGAGGCGUUAAGUUGUUGAAGACUCCUAAUAUUUUAAAGUCCCUAUUCGAUGAAUACGUCGAAGAGCCCCAAUACAACCCUCUACCGCCCGAACAAAGACCAGGAGGCUUCAAUUGGGGCGAACCAGAGCCCAGACCAGAAAAUGCGGCUGGUGAUCAUGGUGAUACUAAUAAUAGGGAUAACCAGCAACGAGGGAAUAACAAUCAGUGAUUAAUAAAUCGAAUAAUAGAAUUUAUGACAAAAAAAAAAUUAUAUUUUGUGUU